UAGGGAUUACGUUGUUGUUAUUUUUGUUUGCUAUAAGGAAGUUACUUACGUGAACAUUAUGAAAUUACUGAAGAAGAAAUGCUAGCACGCAGUAACAUAUAUUCGCAUGAGAACUUAGUGGCCAUGGAAAUACGAUAUCCAAAUCAAUUCAUGCAUGUAUUUAGACAUCACCAGAGAAUUCAUCAGGACGCAGGACAGGUGCGAGAUGCUGAUGUAGAGGCAGGACAACCAAGAUAUUCUAACAUCAAUGCGGAUGGAGACGUCCUCAGCUACGCUCCUAACAAUAGAUUCAGUGUUGGUCUGUAUGUAGCUGGGGAACCUCUCACACCUGAGGAUUACUACUUUGAGGUGGAAAUCCUUGAUAUUGGCAAUCGAGGGACCAUUGGUGUGGGUCUGGUGCCUCAGAGAUACCCACUAGAUGCCCAGCCUGGAUGGAGAGCAUUCUCUGUAGGAUUCCAUGCUGAUGAUGGGAAGCUUUACAAAGCUAAUGGGUUUGGAAAACCUUUUGGCUCCAAAAGUCAGACUGGGGACAGGAUAGGUUGUGGAAUCAAAUUUUCUGCCCCAGAGGAGGGACCUGGGCAGUCUGUCAAGGUCUUCUUUACACAUAAUGGCAAGGAGGUUGGUAUGAUGAUGAUGCAGACCCCUGCCCGGGGGCUAUAUCCUGCUGUAGGGAUGCAUUCCACAGGGGAAGAAGUCCGACUCAACCUUGAGGCAGAGUGGCUCUAUGAGGAUUUGGUUCUCAUGGCUGUGGACAAUGGGGAGGACGACUGGUCUCGUCUUCAUGACGUCAGAUUAAAUGGCACGACUUUAGAAUACAUGGGACGAGGGAAGAGCAUACAUGAUGUUGGUCUAGCUCAAGCCAGAUGGCCCCUCGACACAACAUAUCAUUAUUUUGAAAUUGAAAUAAUAGAUCCUGGUGAAAACUGCUAUAUUGCCAUAGGAGUAGCCAGAAGAAAUUAUCCCCACCAUCGACACCCGGGAUGGAACAAAGGAUCCAUAGCUUAUCAUGCAGAUGAUGGUAAAAUAUUCGUUGGUUCUGGAGUCGGAGAUCCAUUUGGACCAAGGUGUCAUAAAGGUGACAUAAUGGGCUGUGGAAUUCUGUUCCCCCCGGACUACGAUGGCGAAACUGACAGUGACCUUUCUCCUGACGACCCUGAUGUCCAUAAUGAUAUGGUUGAUGAUUUCAGUGACGAUUCUGAUGAGGAUGACAUUAUACCCGGUGGACGAGUGUUAGACCAGAAUGGUACAAAAGUAUGGAUAUUUUUCACAAGAAAUGGGAAAAUAAUUGGGAAAAAACAAGUUCCUAUACCUAAAGGAGGUUUCUUCCCAACUGUAGGUAUGCUGAGUAGUUGUGAAAAAGUACGGAUAGACCUGAGACCCCUCACUGGCUGAUGAUGGACCUUUUGCCUGAACUUGGGCUGUGGUACCCUGGGUAGACUUAUCAUUGGCCUACGAGUAGCAUGUGGCACCUCAAAAUAUGUUUAUAUAUUUCACAAGUGUGUCUGACAUUGUUCUGUGACUCAACCCCAAUAGAAGAGGAUGUAAUCCCUAAAUAAGGGAUUACCGGUAACUCAUAAUACUUAGGGAGCCACAUAGAAAAGGAAGUAACCCCUAAAUAAGGGAUGACCGGUAACUCAUAAUACUUAGGGAGCCAAGGAAAAAAGGAAGUAACCCCUAAAUAAGGGAUUACCGGUAACUCAUAAUACUUAGGGAGCAACGGAUAAGGACAUUUUAAAUGGGAUUGAAGUAUCAUGCUUCUUAUUAAGUCACAGAAGAAGAUCUUACCAGGGAUUUUAAGUAUUGUUGAUGCUACUGAAAAAGUCACUGAGGACAAUAAUCAAAUGUGCUUUAAACAUUGAACAAUACAUAUGUUUUUAUUAAUGUGAUAACAUUUUGUUUUGCCCCUGUAUAGGGCCCUGUAAGGAAUAGAAUGAAAGGACAGUAUAGCUGCACACUGCACUUAUGUUGUGUAUAUACAUCUUUGGGGCCAGAUAGAGUGUUUGUCAAUAUAAAUAUGUUUAAUAAUUAUUCUGCUGUUUAUAGCUAGAUAUUAAUAUGAAAUAUAAACUGAAAUCAGGAGCAUCAUUUAAAUGUCAAUGCCAUAAUGUCGUUUGCACAGCCAGUCAGCCAUUCAGUUUCUUCAUAAAAGUUAUGCAGUGUGUUGAAGAAACUGUCUCUCUGGGUGGGACACAAUGUAUCCCAUGUAGCUUUGUUACUUACCCGUUUUACUCUGUAUCACUUUUACCAUAGAUAUGGUAUGCUUAUCUAUGUCACUUUGUUAUUGUUACCUGUUUGUAUGGUUUUAAGGGUUAAGAUAACUGAUGCUGCUUAGAAAGAAGCAGUGUUUCCAUGGAUUCUUUUUUAUAUCCAUGAUUAAUCCUCUGGAAGGGAUUUGGAAAUAACCUCCAUAGAAAUAGUUUUUAAGUUAGAAGAUCAAAGUUGUUGCCACAGAAACAGUCCAAUUACAAAGUUGAUAUUAAGAGUAAAGAAUUAAUUAUUGUCAGCAAUAUGAUUCUUUAUUAAAGUUGUUUGAAUAUGAUUUUGAUAAAAAAUAAACCACGUUCCUCAGUAAUAACCCUGACACCAGUAUAAUGUUUAAGGUCCCUAUUAGACAGAAUACACCCAGAAGGUAUUACCACUGUCACUAUAAUAGUAACUCACUACCAUGCUCUACAACGAAUAUCCAAGGAAACUAAAAACAGGUGUCCAAAGGGAACCAACAUGCUGGUGGACGUGGGUUGUAAGUGGAUUGUAGUAGAAAUCUCUGAUGGAAUCCCAAUGAUAUUCAUAGAUAUCAUCAGAAACCUAGCUAACCGUAACCUGUAGACUGUAAUUAAACUAUGGAAUCAAGCGGUUGAUUCCGCAUCUUUUUUUAUUCACAGUACAUGUGUACAUGUAUUAAGAUCUGAUUUUAAUAUAAGUGCAAAAAGAGCUUUUCUCAAAAAGCUUUUUUUUUUAAUUGAUUCCGUUGUCCAAUCAGAUGACAUUGAAGACCUGUUUGUAUGUGUCUAGUGUUUGUGGGCAUCAAGUGAUCGCCCCUAUUACAGUUGUCUAUAUGAAGUAUUAGUCUUGAUAAAGGAGCAGGUCGCUCCAAACAUUUGUCAACUUGUGUGUCUGUACUGUCACUGUUUAUAUAUAUCUACACUGUGUAGAGCUAUGUAGAAUACAUCUGCACUAAAUGCUUUCACUCCUGGCAGGGAUUUUCAGGUGAUUUUAUAUAUGUUAUAAUCAAGCUUUGUUGAGAACCUUUUAGAGUUAGCACUGCACUGAGCUUUACAGUUAGAAUUACAUGAAAUAUAAUAAGUGUUUUUAAUUCCGAAAUACUACUCAUGCUUCAACAUUUCAAAGGCAUUUAGUUUAUUGCUCUUUAUUCAAACAUUGGAUUUCUUCAUUUAUCUGUUAAUAACAGAAGGCUUCAUUUGUAGACUUCCAAGUUUGUAUUUAACAGUAACACUUUACUUUCCAAGUUAGGUUGAAUUUACAGAUAUCAAAGAGUAAACCUGUACUUUUCAAUAAAUGAGGUCAGAUUUAUAGUAUGUGCUUAUAUCCCAUCUCAUAGUACAUGUAUUACAAAGCCCUAAUGAAAACCUAACCUGUAUCCAGUAAAUACCUAGAAACCCUUUAUCAAGUUUCUGACUUGAAGUUUUGUCCAUUUGGAACAUUGAGGUUCUUUUGAAAGUAUUAGUAGACUUGAUAUUUUAACAAAGUUUGUUUAACUCGGCCAUGUAUUAUGUUAAAGGUCAAAGGGGAUAAAAUGUUACAAGUGCAUCAACUGUCACAAGGUCAAAUAUUCAAUCAUUCACAUAUAUUCAAAUAUAACAUUAAUUCUUACAGGUUCAACUACUACUCCUUCAUUUAGCUUCAACUGUACUCAUGAUCAGUAACAGAUUCUACUGCUGUGGUUAUCAGUAUCUUACUGCUGUGUAUUUUUGUGAUUUUCUCUCGUAAACCUUAAUAUUCAGCUUUGAAGUGCUAAAUAAUUUUCUUUGUGAAAAGCUAGAGAAAUGUACAGAUUGUUGAAUUUAUGGUUUGAAGUAAGGUGUAUGAUAUUGAUUAGAUUUGUUAGUUGUUGUGUUAAAAGCUUGUGUAUUGGGACAGGAGACUAACACUAAACUAGUCCUAGUUAAUGCUGAUCCAUGAGGCUUUCCAUCUAACAAGCUGUACUGUUCAAAAGUGCCUGUUAUUACCGUUAUUAAUAUUGUGUAUAUGUUAACCAGUAUAUAUUUGUGACUAUUUUUGGUACCUGAUUUUAAUAUUUCUCACUGAAUAAAAGGAGGGAGGUCGUUUUAGCAUCAGGAAAAAUGUUUUAUAUAUAAUUCAGAAGGCCAUGACUGAAACAGGAAGGAUAAUCAAGACAGUGCCAUUUCCCUUUAACAUGAAUGCAAA